UCAGGCCAGUGGCUUCUUUUGAGUAUACUAAUAUGGCGCUAGGUCCCGCCCUCGCUUCCGACGCGUAUAGGCAAAAAUGAUCCAAUGUCGGCUCUUGCUGAUAUCCUUCCAUGUCGUCUUCGUUUGUGUACAGGUCGCUAAUUUAUUAGCAGAAUUCGUUUGCUUUAGUUUUGGUUCUCUUCUUUUAGCAGUUAAAAGCAUUUUGCUUCUUUAGUUAAGUUAAUGAUUUGUGAAGCUUCGGUUGCAGUAUGGCAGGUAACUGUUGAUUUCUGUUUUGUGUGGGUUGAAAUGACAUUUGUGCUGUUCUUAUUUAGCUGUUCUUAUUCUAGCAUGUUAGCUAAGUAACCCUAAUAACAUAGUAGUUUAGUUGUAUAUUAUUUAAUGUUUGGUGGGACCUGCCUGCUUAAACCACUUUUGAUAAUUUUUCUCUCUCACACACACACACACACACACACACACACACACUUCCUAUAACAGUAACUGCCAUAGUAAUAAUAAGUUAUAUUUAUGAUAUUCAUGACACAUCUAACUUAAUAACAUACCCUUUUAGUGAAAUCUUUUUAUUGAAAAAGUGAAUAUUUAGUGAAAUCAAGUAGAAAAAAAAAUAAUACAGGAGCUCAUGAGUUCAGAAGAGAACUGACGCCUAGGGAAUCAGCCGGAAUGCCGACCGAAUUGAGCGCUCAGGAUGGCACUGGUUUGUCAUUUACUUUACAACCUGAGCUCAUGAGUUCAGGAACAUCCAACACUCUGGAGAACACUGAUGGACAAGGUUCCGUAUGCAACUCAUUAACAGGAGAAGAAAGCGGCACAGGCUCUGCUUCACGCAGGCUUAGACCCACAGGCCACAGCCGUAGCCGCUCUCACACGCAUGCUGAGACUGAGGGUGACUGCUUACACCCAGAUCUUGAAGUGGGAGAACCUAGUACUUCAUUCUCAGAAUUGCGCUACCUUAUUUUUUGGGUGCAGAAAAGUCUCCCUUUCAUCAUUAUUCUUUGCUCAAAACUAAUUUUACAGCAUGCUCUGGGACUUUCAGUUGGAGUUGGUCUGUUUACAACCUUUAUAUAUGUAAAUAAAAAUAUACAGGCACAAGUUUUUCUUCAGGAUCGCCGUUCGAAGCUGCAGUGUGUCUGGCUUCUGUCCUUCCUGUUGGCCUCCUCCUUACUCUUUUAUUACACAUUUGAGAUGGAUUCACUUUAUUUCUGCCUCAUCCUCAUCAAACCCCAUGUUGAGCCUUUGGAUUUCUGGGAAGUUUUAUGGAUUGUGGGAGUGACUAGUUUUAUUGUGAAGUUCCUCUUUAUGGGAUUAAAAUGCUGUAUUCUUCUUCUUCCUGCCUGUAUCAUGGUGUACAAGAGACGAGGUAAGUGGUAUAUGUUUAUAGAAGAGCUUGGGCAGUUUUAUCAGGUUAUCGCUCCUGUGCCUCCCUGGUUCCACUACCUGCUAAGGUCCCAAGCAGUUGACAGCUCUGUGGGAAUCACCCUGGAUGUUCUCCUAGCCUUGCUUUACAUUAUUCUGAAGCUUUUGGAACUUUAUAGUCGAUAUGGAUCUCUGCAUACCACAGUACAGACCUUUUUCAGUUAUGAGGUAAAUGGAGCCCCUGCAACUCAGUCCCAGUGCAGUGGUGCUGGAGAUCUUUGUCUUAUCUGUCAAUCCAAGUUUAAAAAACCUAGAGUUCUAUUGUGUCAGCACAUCUUCUGUGAGGAGUGCAUUGUGCUGUGGCUUAAUCAGGAAAAGACCUGCCCUGUCUGCCGUACCACCAUCACAGAUAGGAUACACAAAUGGAAAACUGGUGCAACCUCAGCAUAUUUACAAUUUUAUUGAUAGAGGUCACAUCUAAACAUUUAAGGCAGAUAUCUCCUUAAAAAAAUGCUGUACCAUGAAUUGUAAUGUAGAGUCAUACAGGAAUAUGUGCCUUAACCAGGUGUUACCUCAUUCUCUGCGCACAGUGAGCCUCAUCUGUCAAGCUGGACACAAAGAAAAUUAUGCAGAAAUUUAUCAUGUCUUAGAAAAUGUCUUGCUCUUGAAUGUGUAAAUUUACACAUUAGACUAAAUAAUGUACACAUUGAUUGGAUUUGAAUAUACUUUUGUGAUGACUGCAUUUAUGUAUGGAUUAUUUUGACAAUUCAGUUGAAAGUUCAACUGUAAGUUAUGUUGACAAUUCAGUUGAAAGUUCAACUGUAAGUUAUGUUGACAAUUCAGUUCAAGUUCAUUUUAAAUGCACAGACAAAUUAAAUGUUUUUUUAGGCACGUUAUUAACAUGGACCUAAAUGCCAUUAAAAAAAACUGUCCUUGUCUGUUUGUGUUGCUGUCAGUACAACUCCAAAGUACAUUGUGGCACAAACAAGGCUAGUUGUUCACUUAGGGCUGUGCAAUUAAUUUAAUUUUAUGGUUAGCCACAAUCAUGCAAACACGAUAAUUGAGGUUAAUUAUUGUUGAGCUGUUUCUGUUUUUUAUUGGGACUGAUUAGUACUUUUUUUUUUAUACCAAAGUAUGUGUCUCCUUCCUCAGCGAUUUGACUUGAUUGAGGUCUUGAUAGAUUUCUUUAGAUUUUCCCAUGAUGUCAAACAAGGAGGCACUUGAAGUCAUGGUUAAAAAUACACCCAAAGGUUUAACCCCCAAUUAACACAUUCUGUCAGGUUAGCCCAGUGGUUCUCAAACAUUUUCUGUGCAUAUCUGAAUUCAAUAGCUGCGUAAACAAACCUGCAAAUAAGAUACCCAGAUAUACUGUAUUUCCUCUCUACAUUGUCUUUAAGCUACAUCCGCCUUAAAUUUUACAUGUUUAAAAGCAUAAACACCUUAUUCUUUACAGCGCAACAAAUGAUUUAGGGAUCAUCGCAAAAUGCCGCACAUCAACAAAAAGCGUAACCCGAUAUUGAUCUUCCCUUUUGUUCAGCAACUUUGUUGCCACACUGGAAACUAGAAAUGCCAGACUAGUACUGCCUGAUAAAAUAUUAAAUUUUUAACAAAAAUACAGAAACAUCAGCAUAUACAUUGGAAUAAAUGAAAUUACAUAGAUAAUACAGAAUGUUUUGUUAUAUAUUGUUCCUCUGCAAUUAACAUCCCAACGUUAAACCGUUAUUGUUGCACAAUGUUUCCACUUUUUCUCUGAUGUUAUUUUAAUUUACUUGUAUUAAUGAUCCAUUUCUUUGCGUGUGAUUGUUUAGUUUAGUUAGUUUCAUUUGUUUUAGUUUGUCAAUACAGUAAAGCAUAAAUUUGAAUAGGUACUUUCCUAUUAUUUUCCACUAAUUCCCUCCCCCACACUUUGAGAACCACGAGGUUAGCCUGUCAAAAGCUGCUAAAGCCAUUUCAUCUAUUUCUAAACAUUUCCAAGCUUUAAAAGCCACUAAGUCAUCUAAGAGUAUGUAAUCCUUUACUGUUGUGUAGUAUAAUUUAAAUAAUAUAUACAUAAAUAUUGGAAAAUUGUACUUGUAUUUUAAUUUUGCCGCCUAAAACACACAAAUUAAAAAUAAAUCAUUACAACUUUUAUUACAACUAAAUACAUAACGUCAUUUUUAUGAUGAGUAUAUGUAAACUUGUAACUGAAAAUCUAGACACAAUUAUUUCAAAGUCCCUUUUUUGUUUUAGGGUUCAUUUUAUGUUUGACAUUUAAUUUAAUCAAGUAAUAUCCUUUAAAAGCAUUUAUUUAAAAAAUAUAAAAUAAAUAUUUGCAAAGAAAUUUAUUACAAUGCAAGCGUAGACCUGUAGACCUCAUGUGAAGCUUGGUGCAUAAUUCCAAUAAAAGUUGCUAUUUAAAAGUCUUUUUUUAAAAAUAGGUAUUCAGGUUUUGGAUGGUACCAUUUAGUACUUUAGCAAUUUCAAAGUACCAUACAAUAGUUUCAUUAUGGUUCAAUAUUACUUUAAAUUAAGGAAGUCCUACCGGUGAUUCUAAUGUCACAAAUUUAUUGGGUUUCGCAAAAAUAGUUUUUGGUGAGAAGCUAGUACCCAUCUUUUUAUAUUAUGUAGUUCUUUGUUAACCUACUGGUGGUCAGCAGUACUAAAAUAUUAUUCUAUUUGUUUUCUUUGUUGUAUUUAAAUUUUUUUUAAAUUUUUUUUUUACUGUCCUAUAUCAGAUUUAUAUGCAUGGUGAAGGUUAAAUAAUUUUUAAAGGUGUUAUUCUGCAAUAAACCUAGGAAUAUUAUAAUAUCCAUUUAUUUUUCUAUAGUAAAAUUUUCAAAUAUUUGUAUUUAAAAAAGUUGUAUUUUCAAGCCAAUAUUAAAAUUUAAUUCAUUGUGAUUCUUUUUCUUCAACAAUAUCAGUUUUAAUUCACAGUUUACACUGUGGCAGCAGCUGUGUGGUUAUGUGUCAGCUACAGAUGGAAAGAAACCAUCACAUCAAUAUCACGUGUUUCUGUUAAAUGGUAAUUUCUGGUUUGUGCCUGGUAAAAUGUAUUUUUAAAAAGAAUUGGCUUAUUGGUUAAAUUUGGGUAAUAAUACUUAGACAAAACAUAACUAUAACAAAAGACGUCACUAAACUGAACAUUUUGUGUCCUGAUGCAGAAAGUGCCUUUUUGGGAGAAAAAAGUACUGCAGGCUUUUAAAAGCCUGUCUUUUAGUAACACUUGCUACCCGGCCCACUACAGUUCAACUAUGCAGCAAUGUACUGUAUAUCACUUUUCUUAUACUAUUCAUAGCAUGCAGCUAGCUAUGAUUAAACAAAUCACCCUUAGAAAUGUUCUUCCUCAAACAUGGCAAUAAGCCUACUAAUACCGCUGACUCUGUGACCUCUAUUGAAAUCCCACAUUCCUCCGAAACUCUGGGAUCACGAGCAAACAAGACAAGAGACUAAAACUGAGGGCAGUAAGGACUUGCAUGUAAAAGCAUAGAGAAUCCUUGCGUGAUCUAAAGAUGGCACUGUAGGUGUUAUGUACUGUAGGUAUGGAGCAGUUAGAUGAUUGUAGGCUGUAAAUUCCUUGGAAUCAUAAAGUGGAAAAUAUUUGUAUAAAAGGUUGAAAACAAGGGCAAGACUGAAACAUAUUUCCUAAUCAGUUGCAGUUUGAAUUCCAGAAUUGUGCAGUGCAUAAAAUGAGAAAAUAUGGCACAUUUCCUCAGUUACCCUAACCAAUAAAGACAUGACCUAUUUGAAACUGUGUACUUGCUGUCGAUAUUUUAAUGUGGGCAAAUGCCCAAUGCAUUUUCCACCAUUAAUAUGUAGGGUUUACAUAAUGUAGACAAAGAAUGACUGUUUUUAUGUAGCGUUUUAGGUCUGGGUCAGAGGUGAUUAGAAUCUUUGGUAACGAUUCAAGUUAAUUUAAUGAACUGAUUUACAAUUUAUAGCAUACACUUUAUAUACUAUCCGUCCACUGUACAGCACAAUAAAGUGUAUCUUGCCACCCCUGUUUAUCCCACAACCAAUGAGGAUAAUACAAAAUCUGGUAUUUAUCAAUUACAAACAAGGUAACGUAAGAUCUGGGCAAAUGUUUAGACCUGAAUACAUGACCAAGAUAACAGUUCUUUAGUCAAAUAAAUUCUUGUUUCUUUAUAAUCACAAUACAUGAAACUAUGCUACUAAAACACACGCACGCGCAUACAAACAGUUUGGAGAGUGAAAGUUAAUGAAGUUCUUCUAGUACUGUUUACUAGAUCAAAAAAAGUCACAAGAGCAAAGUCUUGGUUUAAUCUUACGUUUUAGUUAUGAAACGAGCAACAAUUUCAGCAAGGUAUGCAGCUUUGUUUACUUGUUACAUUUUGUUCUAAUCCGUUGGUUUGCCUCCAGUGAAGGGAAUCACGGCGUUGCUGAUUGGUUAGUGCGCGGAGGUUGAGAUGACAUCUUUCGGGAAAAGCUCUUCAGUGAGGCGUUGGUUUCCUUGUUACGGAUGGCGGCACUCUUGAACUUUUUCUGAGGCUUUCUUCGUUGCAGAACUUCACUUCUGAUUGAAGUCUUGUUAAGAGUUCUGAGCAGAUGACAACAGCAGAGUCGGCAUAGCGCCCGCAAGGGGGGAAGCCCGAACUGCUUGGAAGAGGUUGUUGAAGUGUUUGUUCAAGCUUGUUGGUUUCCUUAGGCUUUCGACCAUUCAGAGUUAGUCCGUCCUAUGGGUGAUUGGUCCAAUCGGAUUUGGUUGCAGGGCUUAGCCAUGCCUCACAUGGUUUCCCCUUUUGUGCAUACAUUAGCUUGGUGUUUCGGGCUCAUCCGGUUAAAGUUGUAAUACCUUUUAUUAAGUGAUUUUGCAUGAGCUCUAUUCAUGCUAUCAAUUUUCCGUGUUCACCAACGUUCUUUGAAUAAAAAAAGCUUUCAUAUUGAUCAAACAUCCCAUAUCUUACACACUUAUUUAUACCUUCAUCUAUUAAAAAGAGUUUGUUAAUGCUGAUUACACUUUUUAAAUUAUGCAGAAUAAUUAAACAUACACACAGGAACAAAACAUACUGAGUUUUCGUCAGUUUUUGCCCUACUGGCACACUUUAAAGGAUGUUUAAAAUAGUGUCCAUGCCUUAUGCCUCUUUGGACAUUGAAAUAAGCUCUGGAGGUCAACAAGAGAGUUAGGGACGGUUUCCACCCACUCAAAAAUGUAAAACUGCCUCCUUUGUUUAUUGGAAUGCCAAUUUA